CUGAGGGUUAGAUAUCAUUUGGGUUGGGUAGCAAUGGAUUCCAAGGCUCUAGCAAAAUCAAAGAGGGCUCACUCUCAACACCACUCCAAAAAGUACCACUCCCCAAAUCAGAAAGCAAAGGAUGGAGCCAAGCCAAACAAAGCCUCGGGAAAGCAAAUCCCCACAAAUUGGGAUCGUUACGAUGAAGAACUCGAUUCGGGUUCUCAAGAUGCUGCCUCCGACAUUGUUUUGCCCAAGAGCAAAGGCGCAGACUAUACUCAUCUGAUUGCCGAGGCACAGUCCCAGUCCCUGUCUCAGUUCGACGACGAUGUUCUGUCUGUGGAGUGGAAUAAGGGGAUUAUGUCUAUGCUUUCAGCACGGGGGGAGAGCAUUCUGUCGUGGAUUGGGGAUGAUAAUUUUGUUGUGGAUGAUAAGACAGCAGCUGCACAUCAUGAGGUAUCCUUUCUAUCGUUGAAUUUGCAUUCCCUUGCAGAACAACUGGAGAAAGUAGACUUAUCAGAGAGGCUUUUCAUUGAGGCUGACUUAUUGCCUCCAGAACUGAAUCUGGAGGGUCUAGAGUCAACUAGCAGCCAAUCUGCUGAUCAGGCGCAAGGAACAUUCGUUAACAAAGGAGCAAGAGUAAUACCUGAAGCAUCAAUCAGUGGUGAGUUUCCCGACAAGAUCAACGUUGCAGAUCAAGAUAUUGAGAUUAUGUUAUCAAGUUCUCCUGACAGUGAUUGUCUCGAUUCAAACCUGGGAUCAAUUUCACUCAAGCAAAUCGAUGUUGAUCCGAGUAAACUUGGAAAAUCCACCAGACAAUCGAGUAUGAAACCUUUUGCAGACAUUCCGAUCAAGAAUCUUGCCACAUUUGAGGCAGCAACUGCAGAGGAAGAAUUGGAUAUGCUUCUCGACUCAUUUAGUGAGACCAAGAGAAAUGAUCCAUCUGCUUUGAGGUCUUUACAGGAUGAAGCCUCUGUGCCUCCACUUCAAGUUCCUAGAAAAGGUACAGAUUCAUCAAUCCUGGUGGCUGCCAACCUUGAUGAUGCGCUUGAUGACUUGAUGAAUGAAAUAUCUAUUCCGAUUAACCAAGGUGGUCCAUCUCGCCCCCAAGAAAAAAUGGCUGUUCAUGAUUUUCAAUCUUCCCAAACUGGAUCAAAGUCCAAAGUGGAUGAUUUUGAUUCUUGGUUCGAUACACUUUGAUCUGUUGUAACCUAGAAGUCCACAUUGACUUGUAUCUCAAUAGUUUUCAUGGUCACUUUUAGGUCCACAAAGUAGAGAAAGAAUCGUUUGUUUAGUUUAGUGGUCCAAAAUCGUAGUUUUCCUUCUGGAAAUGAUGAUGACCAUCAUGUCCUGUGAUAGUAGCAGUCAUUUUACUUGCAGUUUUUGCUCUCUUGGCGAUUUUGACAUGAAUACAUGUUUCAUUUUCUUAUUAGGAACAAUGAAAAAUGAAAGUUAACCCCCUUUUCUAUGGU